GUCUCUCACUCGGGUGAAACGUUCAGGUGCGCUUCAGAGGUGAAAACUCCUCAAGUCGGUGCGAUGGAUUAUAUUUUAUCUGAGUAGACAAGGAAAGUCCGGUUGAAGUGAAAUUUGGGGGUCCUAAUCUUUCUCUCCAUGAACUAACCUAUCCCUCACUCCCCUCACUGUUUCUUCUUCUUUCUUCUUUCUAUUUCCUGUUUCCCUCUUCUUCUCUCCUGUCAUGUCUGUAUCCAUGAGGAAUCAAGUCCAGCGCCGGCGUUCCCUGGGUCCAGUUUCGCCCAAACGCAUCUACAGAAACCUGUCCGUCAGACUGAGGGGCGGAGAGUCAUCUGUUUCCAGGGAAUUGGACACAACCAAACACUUCAGCAAGUCUGCAGAUUCUUACAAGACCUUGUGGGAAGCAGUGGAAAAUGAGGAUACUCUGGCUGUACAAAGCCUGCUGUCCAGAGACUACAAUCAUGCUGCCGGAGGAGGAGGAGGAGGAGGGGGAGGGGGAGGGGGAGGGGGUCUGUGGGAGAGAGGGGAGAAGAAGGAGAAGGACUGGGAGAGAGAGAGGGAGAGGGGGGUGAACAGGGUGAGUGAACAGGGCCUGGUCCCCCUGGACGUCGCUGCCCUUACCCACAAUUCCCCUCUCCUCCAUGUGUUGACGAAGGCGGGAGCCCGACAUAACCCUACAUUGUGCCGACCGGCAGACUGGGGAUUCAAGCUGGACGGUCUGGUGGCGCUGGCGGGUAAACGGGUGGAGGAGAAGCAGAAUGAGUUAUCGAGGAAGGCGGGGGCAGGGCCUCAGGCUCAGGCUGACGUCCAGAGACAAGUCCGCCUCUGGAGCCUCCGGCUGCAGCUGUACUGCCGGAUGAGACAGAACUUCCACAACACAGAUCUCCCCGGGCCUCCCAGUCACGUCUCCAUUCUGGUGACCAGCACCUCCUCUCUGUUUGUGACCAUCAAAGAGCCGGAGGGAAACACCGUGGGGCUCAUCACCCGCUCCAGAGUGGAAUGGAGCUCCGCAGUCAGCUUCAAACGCAUCCUCGGCUCAACACAAGUUACAGAGACCAAGAACCCAACCUUCAGUAUCAAGGGGCUCACAGCAGGAGUGCAUUACUUUGUGAGAGUGAGUGCCUACAAUGUGAAGGGAUGGGGUCCGCCUCAGUGCUCUACCCCCCUCAGCGCUGCCCCCUCCAGUUGGAGAGAGUGCAUCGGUGUGAAGUCGCAGUUUAGGAAUCAUGAGGGCCUCGUGAGGAAACUGCUGGAAGAUGCCAGAGAACCACAUUACAGAGAAUUCUGCCUAGAGAGCUCUAAGCCCCUGAGUCCCAGCAAGCGCUUGUUUGUGUCUCGAGGCAUCAAGCAACUGUUCCAGUCCGCCACCAAGUUUGUUCGUCUCCUGCAGAGGGGUGUGUACCUGGCGACUGUUUUCUACCACAAGGAGAACAUCCUGGUGACGGCUGAAGAUCAGAUCCCGCUGGUGGAGAUCAAGUGCUGCUCCACCUCCAUCAUCCAGGACUUCCUCUGGUUUGCAAAGUUAUCGUGUGCGUGGCAGCAGGUGCCGUGGCUGCAGCAGGCCCUCGCCUUCGCCCACUCCUCCCCCUCCUCCCUCCUCCAGAACAGGCACAACAUCUUAAGAGCUGUUUCCCAGCUGCAGUCUUCUCUGGGAACAAUAGACCUGGGCCAGGUUCAUUAUGAGCCUCUGAAAGACCGGCAGGGCAACGUCCUACUGGUGACCAUGAAGGAGUUUCCAAACCCUCCAAGCCCUCGUGACCCCCCGCUCCACUGGAUCCCGUUGGCCCGUCUGGAGAAGAACCGCAGCAGAACCCCUCUGCUGCCCGAGCCCACCGCCAUGGACAUGCUUUAUGAACAGCUCAAAGACAAGCUCUCCCUCCACAGGCACAGUGUUCAGUGGGCGAAGCCGGGUCUGUACGUGGGGAUCCUGAAGCUGUGCAGCUCCGUGGAACAGAUCCGGGUUCUGGUUCCUCAGAGGCUACCCAACCUGCUCUGCCACACCCGGGUCCGACACAACGCACACGUCUCCAGAGAGGAGUGGGAAUGGCUGCAGAGUCACGUUUACACCUCGACCAACGGCAGCGCUCCAGAUAUCCUGAGCGAGGAAGAGGAGAGCGCCAUGGAGAGCAGCGGGUUGGCCGAGUUCGUCAUGUCUCUGAGAGCGGCCAUCACUCACCUGCUGACCAAGCUCAACAUCCCCCUCUACAGGGCGUAUCAGUAUGGUGUGUACACCCGGGAGCUGCUGCAGUUUGGAGACAAGCUGUCCAUGCUGCUGCUGCUGCCGCCCAGCGAGGACUUCAGCUCCAACUACUGGCCUCUGGUGGGGACCAAGGAGCCGGGCCUCACCAUGCCGCUGCAGAUCUUUGAGCUGGUUCACUUCUGGAUGUACGAGCGGGACUUCCUGUCUCAGUACUGCCAGGCGUGGGUGAGGCUGGAGUUGGACUCUCACCUGGCCCAGCAGGCUCUGAGGGAGGCGCUGGACACCAAGGAGUUGCUGGAGGCCCGCGAGAGACUCAACCACAUCACGGAGCUCUCUCAGCGUCUGGAUGCGGUCUGGAGGGACGCUCGUUGGAUCAUGGAUUGUUUGCAGUGCGUGCGCUCGAAGCAGUGGGUGGGGGCGGUGCCUCUGGGCCUGGUGAUGGGAGGAGACCCCCCCCCACGUCCUGAUGGAGAGGAGGAGGAGGACAGUCUGACCGCCAGACUCACCUGGCCCCAUCGGCUACAAGCUCAGAGAGCCAUUGCAGAGUGUUUGGUCAAUGUGGCUCCACCUAACAUCGUCCCUGUGGAGAUCGCCGCUCCCUCUGGGAUCAUGGUCGUCCCUGCAGAUGCCACGUUGUUAAUGGAGGGUGUCGCAAAGGGCGGAUACCCAGUGGACAUCACCCACAAAUCAACUUUAGACCUGACGAGCAUCGGCGGCCAAUCAGAGUUAGAAUGUGCGACGGCUUUGAUUGAAUCAGGACUGGAGCCUGGCGCUGUGGCACAGUUAGACGUCGGCUACACGGUCCUAGAAACACAAGAGUCGUACUCCGGGGAAACUGACUUUCCCUGCAGCAUCACUGAGGUGAUCCGGCCGAUGGAGAUGGCAGAGCUGGUGGACAUCUUGCCCACGCUGAGUCUCAUACAGGAGGAGGAGGUGCCCUGCGACCCGGCCACUCUGUCAGUCAUGGACAUGCUGGAGAGCUUCGGGCUGGGCAUCGGUCAGAGCAGCUUCUUCGACGUAGAAAACUCAAAGUUGAUCAGCGAGGCCGAGCUGCAGAAUGAAAGCAGCAGCAGCAGCAGUCAUACCGUAGAGACACACUUUGAGAAUACAGAAUACGUGGCUGUUUUGAGCUCGGAGACUCACAUUCCCAGCAAGGUAGCCUGCUUUCCAUUGAGAAACCAGGUGGAGUGGGACCGACCCGGCGACAGUUCCUCCUGAUGGCGACUCAAGCACCAGCCCACAUGGACAUAAAAACAAACCAGUAGGCUGCCUGUAGCAGAGAGGAUUUACAGACAGGAAAUCUGUAGUUAGACCUUUUCUUUUUGAGUUGUACAUUACUUUCUAUUCUUCGGCAAUCAGGGUCCAACUGCGCAGUUACAGCUGGGGUAGACAGCAAAUCAUUUUAUAAUAACCUUUGAGCAUGUUGUAGUUCAGUAGCUCGAAGAGACAACUAGACUCCUUCGCCUCCUUUUUGGUUGUCAGGCUUUAAGAAAAUCCAGCAAGUGACAAGGGACUUCGGCCAAUCAUAAGUCGUUUUGGAGACAGGGCAUGCUUAUUGGCUCUUCUAGAAAUGCAGAUGGUGAAAGCGUGAUAUAAAGUCCUGCAGAAAAAGUUGUUAUUACAGCAUUGGCAACAACUGCCUUUACAGCUCUGACCUCUGACAGCAGACACGAUACAUCAACAUCCAGAUAACUGAUCUCCAGAAAUCUGCCUACCCCAGCUUUCAUAUUAACCACUGUGACAUCUACAUCGACUAACACACGAUUUAUAUUGUUUGCACAUUUCUAGACCUUCUGUUUUAAUGUUCAUUAUAUUUGAACUAAUUGUAUGUUAAAAACUAAGCUGUAGAAUAUGUUUUUUAAUGAGGUGAAACUCCAUUACUCACUACAGCACAGAGCAACAAUGCUGCGUGAUGGAUCCAGUAAACAAACCCAUUAAAUGCAAUAAUACUCUGUAGUGUUUGCCUAGCAGUCUAUAAAAAGCUGUGUGUUAUUGUUUCUUUUUGGUUUACCUGUGUGCAGAUUUAGCAUCCCAUAACAAAACAGUAACACGAUUUAUGAGCCUGAUGAUUAUAUGAACUGUUCUUGUUCCUAUACCAAUGUGCCAGAUCUGAUAUCCAAGCUUAAAAAUGAUGAGGAUAUAUAUGCAAUUCAUGUGAGUGCUGCAAGAACUCAAGUCAAGGACGUGGAGGAUGAUUUCUUUGCACAGUUAUUUUCACAAAUGGUCUUUCACCACAGAGGCCAAUUCAAAAGCUGGUUUUCAAAAAGUGCUUUUCCGUUAUUCGCCCGUUAUGUAGCAGACACAAACAGAAUCUGCCUCUCAAUCUGUUAAGGAACAUGAAAGCCAUUCAUAAUCACACACUCAUGUCAGUUUAUGCUUUGGAAGUGAUUUCAAAAUGGAUAUAUGCUUCUGUACAUUUAUUUGGGUACUGACUUUUCUUGCAAGAGAAUCAGGGCUUUUUCAAAAGGGAGAAUUAAAGACAUGCAAUAAAACUGAAGGGUUCAAACUAAAAAAGUGGUUAAAGACUACGGAAAUGUAGCUGUGACAAGUCAAGUGGUUUUCUGUGUGAUGUAUGAAGGCAUACUGAAAAACAAAUUGUGGAAUACAGUUGAAAAGAACAAAAUGGCUUUUCAGUUUAAAAAAGAAAAAACAGCAACAAUUUAGGAUUUUCUUUUUAUUUAGGAGGGAUUGUCUUUGUAACAUUUAAACAUCAUGGACGGUCAUAAAUGUUGAAACUACCUAAUCUAUUGUUGUUCAAAGUCCUAUUAAAUACUACCUGCUUUCACAUACUA